CCGCCCUGUUUUAGCGCGCUCGAAUGCCGGAUCUCGCGUACAACGCAACAACGUUUUCGGGGGCCUAUCCAGCCAGUGUAUCACUUCAGUAUUCUCUUGACCGUCGGAAGGACGUCAUGCGCUUCGACGGCCUGCGCACGCGCAGCGCCAGCGCGCGACCCUCGCCUAAGCCCGCGGCGUCCGACGUGCGUCCGAACCGCGGUCACAGCGUCAUGCCACCGGCCACCAUGCCUAUUCCGCACACUAUGACGCGUAAUAUGUCGCGGCCGGCACCGCCUCCGUCCGUGGCCUCGGCAAAGUCCCACUCGGAGCCUACGCUGCCUCCAGUGGACGAGCUCUUCCCUCGCCCGGAUCUGGAGCCGCGUAUGAAGAAGCACUUGGUGCGUGUGGCCAAUGAGACGUCCAACGCUCUGAUCAAGGACACAUUAGCGCAGGACGAACCCGGCAGCGUGUUGUGGCGUCCGGCGCAACGGCCUCGAGGCGCGCCGGGCAAUAUCCACGUGCUUCGCGGUGCUGCUCGAGACGUCAGUGAAGCCAAAGACGCCACGUGUGUGCGCGCCAUUAGUGACGACGUGCACGCGAGUAUCGAGGAAUUCGCGCUGUUGUUCAAACUGGACUCGAGUCGAGAAGCUGCGGACCAUUUGUUGCUGUUCAACGCCGAUUUAGUGCAACACGCUACUCUGUAUACACUCGUAUCUCCCUCUGGACAACAGCCACGCAGAUAUGUGGGCGUCAAGUGGGCACUAGUGGCGUCGCCCUCCAGGUUCUUUAGGAACAGAGACUUCUGCUACUUGGAGUGUCAAAAGGAGUUUACAGAUGCGCGAGGAAGACGCGGAUGGGUCCGUUCACUGCACUCAUUAAAGCUUCCAUGCUGUCCGUCGCUGGAGAAGGAGCACGGUAUUGUACGUGCGAGUAUCUACAGAUCUGGACUUACAGCAGUGGAGACGGACGAACCGGGAGUGCUCAGCGUGACGUACACAGUGGAGCUGGACUUGAAAGGCAAAAUGGCGCUGGAACUACUGCAGCCUACAUUCCUAGCGCAGCGCGUAGCAGCUCUAGCGACUGUGGACAAGCUGCUGCAACAACAGCGGUUGAGUAGCAGUCCGCUACUUGGAGAUUUGGAUAUCCCAGCGAAAAAGCGCACGCGAGGCAGCUGUAACUUGUGUUUCCGUGAGUUUGUGACUGCCGGAGGACUGAGAGAUACACUGGCGUCGAUCACCAAUAUGUCGACCAAGUCCAAGCGCUAUGUAUGCCGUAAAUGUGGAGAGGGCGUGUGUCGACGAUGCAGCGACGACUGGUGGCUUGACGUUCCAGUGGUAGGACGCACUAAGGUGCGUAUCUGCACCGUGUGUUCCGCAGAAGCCAAGCAGUCGCACAUUUCGGCACACACGACACGUGCCGGCACGUACCCCAUUAGAGGGCACGGCAAGGAGCCCACAACGGAAGUGGAAGGUGUCACGCACCCGGGUUUAUUGGACCCACCGCAGCGGGAACGGAGACGCUCGUUGUCUAUGCUUGACCGACCCAGCGACGCUGCAUCAUUCUUCGCUCAGCAGGACGAGAUCAAGCGUGACUUAGAGAUUCGUGCCACAGAGCUCAGUCGGCGUGUUCAGCUAUGGGACGAGAUGCAGGUGUACGACCGCGACUCUAGUUUAAUCCCAGACGAACAGGAGCUGGCCCAAAAACUGUUUUUACGCGAGGAACGUGAGCGCGAAAAACGCGAAAAACGCGAAAAGGAGCAGGCUAUGAGUCGUGUCCCGUCUUCUAGAGUGGUGGAGCAGCAAGAGAAGGAAGAACCUGAGCCGGAAUUAAAGCCUCAGCACCAAGCACGAAGCGUUCCCACGAGUGAGAGUGAGAAACCAGUGCAUCAACCGAUCGACCGGUACCCGUCCUUUAUGUCGUCGGAGCUCAGUAGCAACCAGGAACCCAGCGACAACGAAGGAGAAGAGGUCGUCCGACUCACAGCAGAGGCCGGUGCACGAUUGUCAUCGGACUAUCGCGACAGUGACUUGACGGACUAUGAAGAGCACACGAUCGAUGACUUGGGCGAGAUCCGCACUACCACGGAUCUAACGCGUUGGUGGCAAGACCAGCAGCGUGCCAGUGAGGCUGAAGAACAGCCCGUUAUCCGACCACAAGGACCGCUAUCUCCAGUCGCGUCUCCGAGAAAGGAUAAGCGACGUGUUAGUGACGAUGAUCGCAAGACGCAGCAGAAGCGUGCGUCGGUGGCUGCGUCGGCAGUUAAGAAACAGGAGAUGGUUGAUCUGUUUAACCAUUGGAAACAGGAGUCUACGAACGAGAUCCAACACCAAAGACAGUUUAAUCCCGAGCAGCGACAGCAGAUGCAGGAGUUCGAAGAACAGGCCCGAUACCAGGAGGAACAGGCACGUCGUCGUCAGCAGUCAGACUUCGAGGAGAUGGCCCAUUAUCAAGAGGAACAGGCUCGUCGUCGACAACAGUCUCUAGAGUCUCCGAUCCGUCGAUCCGAGUCAGUGAAGCAACGUCAACCAGCUGCGUCGGUGUUACAGCAGAUUCAGCAGCGCCAAAAGGAGCUGGAGAAUCUACGUCGCCACCGUCAACAACCGCGUGAUGACGAGCCACCGAGCAGCCAGUUUUCAGUCGACUCCCAGACAUCUAUAGCGGCAAAAGAGCGAUAUCUACAGGAGCAAAGACAGCAGCAGCUGGAUAUCGCUGCCGAGCGCAAACAGGCUCGGCUCCGUGCUAAUAAGGCACUUGAUCAGACUGCCGGAGAAGAUGUGGAGCUAAUGGAAACGUCUCAAGGCGAGUGGGUCCCGGCACGCCCCAGUAAGGACGCGUCCGACAUUGCGUCGGUCGUGAGUUCGCCCCGACAUGGUCCGGGGUUCUGUGACCACUGCGGGUCACCCGAGUAUAUGGAGAACGGCACAGUCAAGCCUAGCUGCAAGUGCGGCACUGUUGCAACUCCUACCAAGGCCGCCGGCACUGUUCUAUUCGACGGCAAAUGGAUCAGCAGCCCCACGCCCCAGGAAUCGUAAGGCGUACUGUAGUUACAGUGUGUAUGUCGUCGACCUAGCGACUGCAUGUAGAUAGUCUCCAGUCUUCGUAUUUGACUGGUGUUGGUACCAAGUAAUAUAUCUGUUGUCCAAGUGAGGAAACAAGCAA